AUGGCGGAAAAAGAACCGAGUGUUGAGGUUGCCCCAUCUUCUAACAAAAAUCAUCCUGCGACACCACCGUCUGAGGAAACAUACCCGAAAACAUCUAAACAGUCUCUUUCGGACAAGUUCACAAUUUUUGCGGCUGGAGCUGCUUUAGUAUCAGAUGGCUACUUCAACAACAUCAUGACGAUGGCAAAUGUGAUCCUCAAAAAACAAUAUCCGAAAGAGUAUACCGCAGCAACCAGUACUCGUGUUUCUAAUUCUCUUUUGGUUGGUGAGAUCUUUGAUCAAGUGACCAUCGGGCUCACUUGCGACUACUUUGGAAGAAAAUUUGCUAUUAUUGCUACAACUUUGACGAUCGUAUUUGGUGGCAUAUUAGCCACAGCUUCCAAGGGCGUUACAAUAGAUGGAAUGUUCUGGAUGAUAACUGUUGCGAGAGGUAUUAUAGGAUUUGGUGUUGGUGGUGAAUAUCCAGCAUCGUCUACUUCUGCCUCUGAAGCCGCCAAUGAGCAUGCCCCCAAAAAUCGCGGUCCCAUCUUCAUUCUUGUCACCAACCUUCCAUUGUCCUUUGGUGGUCCCCUCGCCGUCUCAAUCUUCCUCAUUGUACUCGCAGCAUGUGACUACAAGCAUUACAACACGGUAUGGCGAGAUGCUUAUAGUACACUCUACCGCAAGGGAGCCAUUAAGAAAAAUGUCCCAUACAAACUCGUACUACGCUACUACUGGAAAUCACUUAUCGGAACAUGCGGCGCAUGGUUUCUUUACGAUUUUGUAACAUUUCCAAAUGGUGUUUUCUCAGGCACAAUUAUCGCUUCGGUCGUUCCCUCCGAUCCAAGCACCGUCGUUCUUAAAACAGGAGAAUGGAAUCUUCUACUCGGAGUCAUCGCAUUACCCGGUGUCAUUAUUGGUGCAUUACUCUGCGAUCGCAUUGGUCGCAAAAACACAAUGAUGAUCGGUUUCUUCGGCUAUCUAAUGUUCGGCCUCAUAAUCGGAUUAUCCUACCAUAAAAUCACCAAGAUCGUCCCCCUCUUUGUCGUUUUCUACGGCCUGAUGCAAAGUUCGGGAAACCUAGGACCAGGCGACAUGUUAGGACUUAUCUCCUCUGAAACCUACGCCACAUCCGUGAGGGGAACUUGCUAUGGACUUUCUGCCGCCCUAGGUAAAGUCGGAGCCGCAGUCGGUACCCAAGCUUUUACUCCCAUCCAAACGAAUUUGGGUAAGCAGUGGUCAUUUAUUAUUGCGGCGAUUUGUGGCGUGGUGGGAAUCGCGGUUACGUAUUUUUUUAUGGAGGAUAUCACGGGUGAGGAUUUGAGUAUUAGAGAUGAGAGUUUUAGAAAGUUUUUGGUAGAGAAUAGUUGGAAUGGGGAGAUGGGAGAAGAGGAUUUGAAGGCGGCGGUGGAUGAAGGGGGGGUGGUGGAUUUUGAGGUGGGAGGGAAGUAG